CAAGGCGAGGUGGCCACCGGGCGAACUCACGCUGCCCCGGCCGGGCCAAGCCACCACUAAUCCAAGGCAGCUCCAGGCAGACACUGGCUCCCCAGCUCAGGCACCCAGGUGAUGGAGCGUGGGCAGACCCCCUCAUCGCCCCCUGCAGCCAUGGCCCCAUCCUGCCGCUACACUUCAGCCUGGCAGGACGAGGCAGACGCCGGGCGAGAUCGCACGGCCGGCCGGGCUGAGAGGAGCCGGGAGUGCUGCUUGUAGCUUGUCUGUUUAUAGCUCUAAUCGUUGGAUUUAAAUAAUCCAGAGAUGGGGCUACCUCAAGAAUUAGAUAUAUUGACAAGUUGACCUGCAUGGACUUGCAAGGGGCAUUUCAUUUCCCCCUUCUCCACUAGUUCCUCUAUUUUCUGAAGGCUGCAUAGCCCUUUGCUUUUUUCCAGCCUCCUUCUCUCUUUCCCACCCAUUAGCCAACCUACCUUUAUCUCUCCUCCCCUUUCAGUUUUCCUUCCUUCCCUGCCCCUGGCAGCCUUUUCCUGGGAAAAGUCUGGCUGAUUUGUGCAGGGCUGGCUGCCAAGGGAAACACUGGGUAACUCACAAGGACUUGUUAAGGACAUCUUCAGUUUCCCAUGUAUUCCUUUCCCUACACUAUUUCUUCUUUUCAUCUUCUUGGCAGCCCCCCGUAUCUUCACCUUUCCCUGUUCUCCUUCCCACCCAGCAACUAAUUCACAUUUUAUCUGCCCCUCCAGGUGUAUUUAUUUUUUAUUUAGCAAGUUAGUAACCCAUGGUUCUCCCCAGUGUGGACCCAAAGCAGCUUGAAUCGUUAUCUUCUAUUUUAUCUUCACAGGAACCCUAUGAGAUGGCAAAGUGGAUUUGGUCAUUGCUGAAUGUAAAAGCAGAUAUUAAAGAUCCUUAAAGAGACCCAACGUGUGGUUUCCUCCCAAGUUCCCACAAGGUGGUUUGCAGCGUAAACUGAAAACAUGGUUCAAGAAAAUGGCGCUGUGGUAUCCAGAUCCGUUUUCGCCUGGGAUUAUAUUUUAUGGGAAGUUCGUCUGAGACUAGUGGUGGCUGGCUUUUUAAUCUACUCGGGAGUAUUUUUUCUCUCGUGGUACCUGUCUUCAAAGAUGAGCAUCACUUACCGUGGCUUGCCGGCAAAGGAGAAAGUCUUCUGGAAUCUGGCUGCCACACGAGGCGUGUUUGGCAUUCAGAGCUGUAUUGCUGGCUUGUGGGCUUUACUUCUAGAUCCAGUUUUUCAGGUUGACAAAGUGUAUUCCCAGCAGGAGUGGAGCUGGUUCAUCUGCCUAAUAGCCUCUGGCUUCUUUUUGCUUGAAAAUGUAGCUGUUCAUGUUUCAAAUAUUGUUUUCAGAACGUUUGAUUUAUUCUUAGUUGUUCAUCAUAUGCUUGCCUUUGGUGGCCUUUUUGGUAUGGUAACCAACGAAAAGUCUGGACAUUAUUUACCCUUGAUGGGAAUGCUACUUGAGAUGAGCACACCUUUCACCUGUAUAUCCUGGAUACUAUUAAAGGUUGGCUGGGCUAAUACUUUAUUUUGGAAAGCAAACCAGUGGGUAAUGAUUCACAUGUUUCAUUGCCGCAUGAUUCUCACUUACCACAUGUGGUGGGUGUGCAUUUCCAAUUGGAAUGCUGUGCAAGAAAAUUUGGGGCGCUUACAUUUUGCAGUUGUAUUCGCAGGGUUAAGUGCCGUCACAAUAAUACUUAACCCUUAUUGGACAUACAAAAAGACUAAGCAGCUUAUCUGUCCUGUUGACUGGAAUUUUUCCAAUAGAACAAUGAAAAAUGGCUCCUCCAAAAAACUAAAUGGAAAACCAUUGCAGACGAAAGAUCUAUGAUGCUGAAUUUGGUUGUCUUUUCUACACAGUAGUGAAUCGUGGCCUAGAAGAGCACUGUGCUGGUAGGCAGCUAGGACCAUGAAGCUUUAUUUUUAAGUUUUAAGAGAUCUAAGCCCUAUUUAUGUCAAGCUUCUUAUCAGUAUUCUUAAUCAAAUGUUGCUGCUGCCUGAAUUAAAUAUCCAUGUUACUGACAAAUCCUGAACUUCAGUAAUAUCUGAGUGUGUCUUUGUUAAACAUAGAAAGCUCUGUUGAAUGAUGGCAAGCAAGUAGUGGUUGUGAGUGACCAGCCAUUUCUAGAACUGCCCACUUGAGCACCUUGGCCAGGUCAUAGACCAGGAAACCACUCUGUCUAGUUGCCAUUUUAAAAGAUUUCCAGGGAUGGUGGAUAUGUCUAGGUUUUGUUUGUGCUCCAGAUGUUUGUACCAAUUUUCUAGAGUCACUCUUUCAUACACUUACAAGCUUUCUAUAAAUUAGUAAGCAUUCAUGAUGUAAAUCUGAGCAUUAUCAUGAAUGCUGAAUAUUAACCCAGUUUAUUUUUAAUAUGCCAGUGAUUAUGUGGACUAGAACGUGAUUCUUCCUAGGAAGCCUUAAAAAGUGCAAUUCCAGCUGUGCUGCUGCAAAAUAUAUUCCAUUAUCAUGGGAUGAGAUUGAAUAGUAGUUAAAAACUCAGACCAGUAUUUCUCUUUGUGGGCAAAAUACCAAGAAACUAUGUUUUGCAUCCUUUCUGCAGCUUGUGCUGCAAGUUCCUAGUAAACCAGCAACCGUCUUGUGGUCUCUAUUCUGUAGUGUCUGUACAUGUGCUAACAUGUUCCAUGACAUAUUCCAGUAACAGUCUUUGUAGGCCCGAGUGUGAUUUUCUUCAAACAGUGUUAGCCUUUGACCUCUUGUUGAACUUACCAUUUUCUUGUAAACUGUGGUGAGAAGGAGAUUGUGGUCCACCAUCUGGUGGAACUCUCUAUGCCUACUGAUCAUUGGGAUUCUUGCAAAAAAUACUGGAUAUGAUGAAGCUGAGUCUGCAAGGUGCUUCUUACAUUUUAAUAAGUAAGAAUGCAUAAUCAGGGUUAUGCAAUACAGUUUAACUAUGCCUUAACUAUUGGGAGACCCUGAGUAUGCAUUCUUGGUCUGUGAAUGUAACACAUGCUGAUGGGUCAUGGGAGUUCUAGUAAAAAAAACUGAUGUAAGCCCACUCAUGGUCAUUUGGCAGGAUGCAUCUGACGUAGGCUUGCUACUCCCCGCCCCCAAGAAUCUGUUCCCUAUUCAGUAUGAUUAGAAAUUGUCAUGGCAAAAAGAUGCAUUAGAACUGCAAAAAGUAACUUUUAAAACAUUACAAGGGCAGUAUCAUCUAAUGAAGUACUGUUCUGAUGAGCGUAAGAUGUCUCUUUUCAUAAUGUGUUCCUUAUUUUGGAUCUGUUUGGUGGCAGUAUUAUUCUACUUGUUCUCGUUUCCCUCACCCUGCUUAUCUUAGGAAGGAUACUUCAGAUGUGAUUAAACUGAGGUUCUUUCUGUUCAUAAUGGACCUUGACCCUGAGUGUAGUUACUGGCUUAUAUAAGAAAACUACUAACCCAAAUCUGAACUGUAUGGUACAAAUUUUAUGCAUAGCAACUAUAAACUGUAUCUUAGAUGUGGCCCAUUAGGGAAGAUGACAGAUAAUAGAAAUUCUCUUCGGCGAUAUAUUUCAGCUUAUUGAAAUGACAGAUUGUUCCAACCCCAAAUUUAAAAAAACAUACAAAAUUUCAUUAUAAUGAAUGAAACUGGGUGAAACGCAGAGACAAAGUCAUUAUCCUUCACCUCUUGAAAUCCAAUUGGAACACUUAAAUAUUUAGGUAACGUUCACUUUGGGUAUCGCACUGCUGUAAUCAUUUACCUCCUGGUUUUGUCUAAGGAAAAUCCAGAAAAUGAAUUAAAUGCUGCUGAAAGACACUUUGCCCCAUCAAAAGUGGUCCCAUAACUGUUCCGUAGUUUUAACUACCACGAUGCCCUAGAGGUUGGAGAAAACGCCAAGUAUUAUUUUGUUGCAUUUGUUUCAUUGUAGAACACUGACACCUAAUGGCUGUUGGGAAGUAUAACUUGUCUGUUUUAAUAAGGAGAAUAUGAAAACAGAUCAAACACGGGUGCACAGUUCUCCAUGAAGGUUGCUGCAAGUGUUGACUUUUUUUUAAUAAGCAAUGUGGGGUGCAAAAGGAUAUUUCUCCUUCUUGUUGGUUUUAUUUAUUUACUUCAUUUCUCUGCCUUUCUCCUCAGUGGGGACCCAAGCAGUUUACAUUGUUGUCUCCUCCAUUUUACCCUCGCAACAACUGUGAGAUAGGUUAGACCGAGAACAUGGUCACUCAGUGAGAUUCCGUGGCAGAGUAGGGAUUCAAACCUGGUUCUCCCAAAUCUUAGUCCAGCAUUCUAACCACUAUACAACACUGACUUUGCAAGCAUGUAGGUAGCGCAAAGGCUUCAAUGAUUCCCCCCCCCCCACUCUUGCUUGCUUAGGAACUUAGUAAAUGAACAAAGAACUAUUAAAGCUGAGCAGUAGUAUACUUUAAAGGUAAGUUAGUCACUCAGUUCUAUUUUCUAUUUGAGAUAAAUGAACAUUAGUGGUGAAGGUCCUAUAAAGGACUAUAAAACAGCAUUGUGUGCUUGGUAUGGGACUUAUUUGAGAGGGAGGGUAUUUGCAGGAGGGAUGUUUUUCCUUUGUGGAGGAAUAAUAGUCUAAAUGUAACCAGAGAACACCUCUAAUUGAUCAUUUCUGGUCCAGUAUAGAUUGAUGGUCACUGGGAAUCUUGGUUUAUUUUGCAGUAGGCAUAAGUUAAAGCCUUAAAAUUCUUGAUGUUCUCAAUUGCAUUUAAGUCCCUUUCCCCCAGAUGCUUAUUAAUAGCUCGAGUUCCCUUAAAAUCAGAAUGGAGAGAUUUUGAUUAGGCAGAGAGAUGCCACAAGUUUGGUCUUUAAGAUAUGCAUUCUAGGUAACUUUCAAAAGUUAAGCUACAAGAUCAAAAUUUUUGGUAGCCAUAUUGCUCCUCAGAAGAAUUCCCAGAACAGAAGUCACGUAAUACCUUUUAUUAGAGAGCCAGUUUGGUGUAGCGGUUAAGAGCAUGGGACUCCGAUCUGGAGAACCGGGUUUGAUUCCUCAGUCCUCCACUUGGAGCCAGCUGGGUGACCCUGGGCUAGUCACAGUGCUAUGGAGUUCUCUCAGGCCCCACCCACCUCACAGGGUGUUUGUUGUGGGGAUAAUAAUGACAUACUUUGUAAACCACUCUGAGUAGGCAUUAAGUUGUCCUGAAGGGCGGUAUAUAAAGCGAAUGUUGUUGUUGUUAGGACCAAUGACAAUAACAUAAAAUGGUGAGCAAGUUUCUGAGCUCUCCAGAAUUCUUCAUCAGGAUGUGCAAAACUUGUUAUUCUCCCUUUGAAAUUAUUUCUCAUAGAAAGAAUGUGGGAAACUUGUUUUGCACACAGCUUCAUAUAAUGACACAUGCUUCAUUCAGUUUAUAGUUUUGCAGGCAACUGGUUUGAGGGCCUUUUCCACUUUCUUUUCUGCCUCUGAUCCUUCCUUCCUUCCUUGUAGCUGUUUCUUCUGGAUAUCCAGCCUGACGAAAAAUUCUGGAGAACUCAGAAGGCUGCUUUACUGAUUUGUGAUAUUUUCGUUUAUCUGGAAAAGAUUCUUGCAGAAUUUUUUCUGUGAAAUAAAUGAUUGCAGGUUUUAGAACACGUGGGGGCAAGGUCAUGGCCAAAUACGCAGAAGAUCCUUUUUAGGGCUGUCCGCCACAUUUUUGUUGUCCGUUGGCUCUCACACCCUUAGACUAUCCCUUGAUAGAACACUGGAGGCCUUCAGUUGGCCCUUGCUAGGACUCAUAGAGUAUGCUAUAUAUUUGGUUUUUGUUACUGUGCCAUCUCUUGCCCUUCCAUCUUAUUUGAGGAGUAGCUUUUUCAGACAUUAUAGAAAA